AUGGCAACAACACAUCGUCGACAUUUUCGAAACAUUUCCAAAUGGAAGAGACAUCCGCUGGUGCUGGGAAUCAGUUGGAAACGUCGGAAAAUCAUUCCUUUCUAUCUUAUUUCUAAAUAUAAAGGCAUUAAAUUCUCAGGUAAACUCGCAGACGCCGAGUUUCUACUGCAAAAUGAUUUCAGUAAAGGGUUGUGGCCAAAAUUUCUAAUUUGCGACCCACCAAGAAAAUGGAUCAGCGACGGAUGGCUCGGUUACGGAUACCUGGAGGAACUAAACCAAAAAAUAAUCGUCUGCACCAAAUAUGAAAGCUUGAUUAUCUACAAACCAUAUGCGCACAUCAUUGUCUUUGCCGACGCGCCACCAAACGUUUUACAUCUGAGUAAAGACAGAUGGAAAGUUAUCAAUAUAGAUGAAUUUGAAAGGGAAAUUGAUAUAAUUGAAUGUCAAAUGAAGAAAGAUGACGACACAUAG